AAGACACUGCCCUACUUCCCACAGGUGGCCCAGACAGAGCCCACUGAAAAAUACUCCCUAGAGUUAGUUGGAGGUGUGUUAACCCUGCUGAACCAGCUGAGAGAAAACAUCAGCCACAGAGUGAAACCAAAGCCUGUGAGAAAACUUUGGGGUGAUCAGCAGGGCUGAAAGCUGGGUGCCCAGGGAGCCUCUUCAGGAGCACCUGUAGGGCUGAGGAGCCAGAAGUCCCCAGAAGACUUAGCUGGAGGGUGGAGCUCACACUGAGCUGCUCCUUAGGGCAGCUGAUGGAGGUCUGAUCACAGCAGCAGGCACACACACACACACACACACACACACACACACACACACACACACACACACACACCUCUGUGUGCUGCUGGCAGGAAGCUACCAGCAACCAAAGCUGACUGAGAUGAGAAGACUCCCUCUGGGGAUGGGAUUGAUUUUUCUUAACUGGGUCCAGAGCUCCUGGUUACUGCUAGAAGGUUCUUCAAUCACAUGCAGCCUGGAAUCUGAAGAGCUAUGGUGAGAAGCUGUUGAAGCCCUGAGAGGAUGGGGCUGCUGAGCAGCAAGAGGCAGGUCGGCAGCGAGAAAGGCAAGGGCUGGAGCCCCGUGAAGGUCCACGCUCAGAGCAAGGCUCCCCCACCCCUGCCACCCCUGAUUGUCUUCAACCACCUCGCCCCUCCGUCUCCGAACCAGCACCCAGAUCAAGAGGAGCAUUUUGUGGUGGCCCUGUUUGACUACGCGGCCGUGAAUGACAGGGACCUGCAGGUGCUGAAGGGGGAGAAGCUGCAGGUCUUGAAGAGCACUGGAGACUGGUGGUUGGCCAGGUCACUCAUCACCGGAAGAGAAGGCUAUGUGCCCAGCAACUUCGUGGCCCCAGUGGAAACUCUGGAAGUAGAAAAAUGGUUCUUCAGGACCAUCAGCCGGAAGGAUGCCGAGAGGCAACUGCUGGCUCCAAUGAACAAGGCUGGCGCCUUCCUCAUCAGAGAGAGUGAGAGCAAUAAAGGUGCCUUCUCCCUGUCUGUGAAGGAUGUCACCACCCAGGGGGAGACGGUCAAGCACUAUAAGAUCCGCUCACUGGACGAUGGUGGCUAUUACAUCUCCCCACGGAUCACCUUCCCCACCCUCCAGGCCCUGGUGGAGCACUAUUCCAAGAAGGGGGAUGGUUUGUGCCAGAGACUGACCCUGCCCUGUGUGAGCCCAGCCCCGAAGAACCCCUGGGCGCAGGAUGAGUGGGAAAUCCCCCGGCAGUCUCUUAAGCUGGUCCGGAAACUUGGGUCUGGGCAGUUUGGAGAAGUCUGGAUGGGUUAUUACAAAAACAAUUUGAAGGUGGCCGUCAAGACCCUGAAGGAGGGAACCAUGUCUCCAGAAGCUUUCCUGGGCGAGGCCAACAUGAUGAAAACCCUGCAGCACGAGAGGCUGGUCCGUCUCUACGCCGUGGUCACCAGAGAGCCCAUCUACAUUGUCACGGAGUACAUGGCCAGAGGAUGCUUGCUGGAUUUUCUGAAGACCGAUGAGGGUAGCAGAUUGUCCCUUCCAAGGCUGAUUGACAUGUCAGCCCAGGUCGCAGAAGGGAUGGCUUACAUUGAACGCAUGAAUUCCAUCCACCGUGACCUGCGGGCAGCCAACAUCCUGGUGUCUGAGAGCCUGGGCUGCAAAAUCGCUGACUUCGGCUUGGCCAGGAUCAUCGACAGUGAAUACACUGCCCAAGAGGGGGCCAAGUUCCCCAUCAAGUGGACUGCCCCAGAGGCCAUCCACUUCGGGGUGUUCACCAUCAAGGCUGAUGUAUGGUCCUUCGGAGUCCUGCUGAUGGAGAUCAUCACAUAUGGACGUGUUCCCUACCCGGGAAUGAGCAACCCCGAGGUCAUCCGAAGCCUAGAGCAUGGCUAUCGCAUGCCCUGCCCGGAGGCGUGUCCACCAGAGUUGUACCGUGACAUCAUCACUGAGUGCUGGCGGAACCGGCCAGAGGAGCGACCCACCUUUGAGUUUCUACAGUCGGUGCUGGAGGAUUUCUACACUGCGACGGAGGGCCAGUAUGAGCUGCAGCCCUAGCCACCCGUGGGCUCGGCGGGGCUCCCUCCCGAGCCUCCUGCUGGAUGCUUACUUCGGGUUAACAUGCUCACACCUGGCUCUUCUUCCAGCCCAGACAGGUUGUGAAGUCAGGUUGUGGAAUGACAUACCUACUUCUCCGUUGAGGGAACCAGGGGACAAAGGUGGCUUCACGGUAGGGCACGGACUCUCGAGGCAGAGCCUCGGUCCAUCCUUCACUGACUGUGUGCCCUUGGGAAAGUUACCGAGCUGCUCUGUGUCUCCUGUUCCUUGCAUAUAAAACAAGGAAGGGUUGUAUUAGAACUUACCUCCAACUGUGUUCGGACCUGGGAGGGUGCUGAGAGCGGAGUCUGAACUGUUAGUGAUGGGCAGUGUGUAUGUAAGGCAGUCCUUACCUCGAGGGGGACUGAUGGCAGGUGGCCAGAGCUCCUACCCCUCUGACCUCCAGAGUCUCAAUAGCAAGGGUCUCCCUGUCUGCUGCUGCAGAACCACAGGCCAGUCCUCCAGGUAGCCCUGGCCUGGCUGUGCCCCCGCACUUUGGGACUUUUCUUUAAUAAACUCCUGAGAGUUUCA